AUGCGCCGGCUCCAGAUUCGUAACGCCAAUUCAGAAAGCCUUCGCAGAAUUCACCGUCCGAACCACGUUCUCACCCCACCAAAUGACGGAGCUUUGAACCUCUCCCCCGACCCAGCUAAACAUAUUUUUGCGAGUCGACCCUCCAACAAAGAACUUCUUUCGACAAACACUUUCAUUGUGCGACACCCAAACCUCGCGCAAGACGCACCAGCGCUGGUGCAGCACUGCGGCAUCAUGACCAACCGUCCUAUGGAGUCGCGAGUCGGAAGAGCCAAACAACGCUACAGUGAUGACGGAGAAAGACUUGUCGCCGGUGUCGUUCCUUUAAAUUCCGCCAAAACACAUGUCCUUUUAAUUCAAUCUACUCGACGAUCCGGAUGGGUCAUGCCAAAAGGCGGCUGGGAGACGGACGAAAGUUGCAUGGAUGCUGCACAACGUGAGGCUUGGGAAGAGGCCGGAAUCUCAUGCAAGAUCGACUACGAUUUGGGCACCAUUGAGGAAACCAGAACCCCAAAACAAAUGUCGAAAGAUGCUCCCAAGGCUCUCUACCAAUUCUUCGAAGUCACUGUCACCACGGAACACGAGGAAUGGCCGGAAAAACAUAAGCGCAAUCGGCAAUGGGCUACGUUUAAAGAAGCAGAGUCGGCUUUGAACGGUCGUCCGGAGUUAAUAGAAGCCUUGAAGCGCUCUACUAUCUCCAGGUAG